ACAAAUCCAAACCUGUGCCGGCAACCCUGAAAUUUCCAAAAUUGACAAGAAAUUUCAACCCAAAAUUCUGUAAUUUUUAUUUCAAACCCCUCAUUUCAAAAUCAUGCCAAUAUUUCCACCGGAAAUUUGCGAUCAGCUCUUGAAAACAAUCCACAAAAUGUCCAUGAUCCCGUUGGCGUGUCAGGAGUAUCAGCUCAGUCCCAUAGGAUGUAUACGUUCCGAAAAUCUCGACUGGAUAUUGGAUAUUGAAGACAAGAUCCCCAUAUGGAGUCGUUUAAAGGAUAUCAAUACGGUAGGAUAUCGACGUAAACUACCCAUGUCAAUGGUCAGAGGGUAUGAUGUUGAAAUUCCGCAACGUUUGUGGUCUUUGUGGAGCACAAUUCGUGAGAAUCCGAAAAUGCCAAUAUGUAACUCUAAAUCAAAAAGGAAGCCCUUUCUGGCUAUUACGGUUAUGGCACUGUGUGUCAGUCGUCUAGUUCCUCUGAAUUUCUGGAAUAAAAAGCUACUGGACAAAAUUGUGUCGAAUGGUUGGAAAUAUUUCAAGGAAAGCCUAGAGGAAUUUUCUUGUCCAAAUAGAGGCUUUCAGUUGGAGGAUUUGUCGACAGAGUGUUCCUUUGAGGGAGCUCACUUUGAAGUAUGCCUCAAGACGGUGCAACAGGGCCGUUUAUAUAGCGAACCCUUCGAUGGUCCCACAAAUCUCGCUUUUGCUCUUAUCAACUUUUUCGUCAAACGUCAAUUUGGGAUUCUGGAGUGCUGCAAUCGUUUUCUGGGAUUUGGUUUUGUGCCAGGACGAAAUGGUGGCUAUUUUAUGUUCGAUGCCCAGAGCAUGAAUUUUCCAUUGUUUCACAAGGAUCAAGCUGGUGUUUAUAUGCUGCGCAGCAAUCAUUUACAAAUGUUGUUGUAUUGCCUUAUUGUGGCUUUGAAUGUGCGCCAUAUAAAGGCGAAUUUCUGUAUUCACAAAGUGGACAUAAGGACCUCAAAAGCAGUGAGAGAGACCUCCUUCGAAGGUCUACUUAAAUCCAAGAAGAAUAGUUUGAAAAUUUCCAAAACUUGUUUGGAAAGUAGUUCGAAUCCUUCUGAUAUUCAAAAUUCUCAUUGUGUGGAGCGAGUCCCGGAUGAUGCAGAUGAAAAAUGCACUGCGAAUUAUAAGCGUGCUGAACGUAUCCUACCUGAUUUGAAAGUUGAAAAUUGUCUCAUCCAACCUAUGGUGGAUACCUCGGAGGAUAUUUCGAAGGCAAACGGUGAUUUUGUAAAAAUGAUUUGUUCCGAGACAAUUGUACCUUUGACGGAAAAAGAGAAAGGGGCGCGUUUGGAACACUCAUUUGUCCACAAGCUCCCGGAGGCAUUAUUUUGGAGAUGAAUUUAAAAUUUAAAAAAAAUAUGUAUAUUAAAAAACAAUUAUUAAAAUCUUUGAGAAAUAUUUUUUUUUUAAA